UCUAUUUCUCUUGGUCAUCUCCUUACUCCUCCACUUUUUCCUCCAACUUUUCUCACUAUGCUUCCAUACCAAACCCUUGAUGAAUCAAAACAUGCACUUGGAAGAAAUCUCACUUUUGCCGAGACAUUAUGGUUCAAUUACUCUGCCAAAAAAACUGAUUUUGUUCUUCAUUGCCACAACACUCUAUUCUUGUGUUUGUUUUAUUCUAUAGCUCCUAUUCCAUUCGUAUUGAUCGAGCUUAGUGGAUACAAAAAGUUGAACAAAUACAAGAUUCAACCUUCGGUGAAUAAGACAUUAUUGGAAAUGUUCAAGUGCUACAAAUAUGUUAUGUGGACAUUUAUCAUUGCAGUGGGUCCUCUUCAAAUCAUUUCUUAUCCUACCAUUAAGUGGCUUGGGAUUAGAACAGGUUUGCCAUUGCCAUCUGGCUGGGAGUUGUUUUGGCACCUAAUAGUUUACGUUAUUAUUGAAGAUUAUGUAAAUUACUGGUUCCAUAGGAUGCUCCAUAACAAAUGGGCAUUUGAUAACAUCCACAAGGUUCACCAUGAAUACAAAACACCUAUUGCACUUGCAGCUCCUUAUGCCCAUUGGUCUGAGAUUUUGAUACUAGGUUUCCCUGCAUUUCUUGGACCAGCACUAGUUCCAGGGCACAUAACAACCUAUUGGUUAUGGUUCAUUUUGCGACAGCUUGAAGCCAUUGAGACACAUAGUGGGUAUGAAUUACCUUGGAGUCCUACAAAGUAUAUACCAUUCUACGGAGGUCCUGCAUACCAUGACUACCAUCAUUAUGUUGGUGGAAGAAGUCAGGGCAACUUUGCCUCAGUAUUUACCUAUUGUGAUUACAUUUAUGGGACAAUAAAGGGGUACCAAUACAAAAAAAGGAUGUAUGAGAAAAUAUCCCCUACUUACACUUUCAACUCCCAAAAUUACAAGGUGGACUAGCUGCUUAAUGCUCUCAAGGAACUGGACCUCAUAAUAUAUGAUUGAUUAGUUGCAUAAUUUAGUUUGUUGAAUAAUCACUCAUAAUAUAUGGUUGCCCAAAGUUACUGUAUCUGUUUUACGA